GCUUCAACUCCGUCAAGCGUUGAUUCCACUGUUUUAACCAGCCAGCUGGGCCGUUAUUGACCGUCCUAGCGACUGCUUUCAUUUGGAAUGGAACUGUUGCUACAACGCGCGCUUGUAUUCACUCAAACUGGACAACGAGCGCAAUUUCUCAAUCAGUUGAAAUCCCUCCCCAAUGUAUCCGUCAUUUUCCGUCCUAAUUGGACCUGUAGGUAUGCGCUGUGGUCAUAUCUUGUGUGGACCCCCGCGUCUCUCCUACCAAGUUCCUGUGUUCUCAGCCUGGACAAAUGUUUACAAUCAGAAACGCGGGAAACUUUGUCCCCUGUGGGGAACCACCUUCAGAAUCGAUUUGUACUGUGCUUGGCACUCUAGACUUGGCUUGCGUACGGGGCAAAGUGAACGAACUCAUUGUUUGUGGUCAUUCCGAUUGCAAAAAUGAAAAAGAUCUGAAGACAUCAAAACCAAGAAAUUCAGCUCGGUUCCAGGCAAUGCAUCUUUUGAACUCGAUCGGGCCUUCGCUUGUCAGAGGCGAAUUGCCGGUUUCACAGAUGAGUCCUAUCGAGAAAUGGGUUGCGAUCAAUGGCCUCGCUAGCUACAGAAAGCAUACUCUCACCUCAGAUGUUCUCCACUUUCCUGUAGUGGAUCCGCAAGUUCGCAAGUCGAACUUCAACCUGAAACUCUCAAGUUUGAAGGAUUUUGAAGAGUGUGAUCGUCUUUCACAAGUGAAUGUAGUGCAACAGAUGACAAACUUCUACUGUCAACCGCUUCUGGCCGAACGACUUCGCAGUGGCUUACUUAACGUUCACGGACUAUGGUUCCACAUCCAAUCCGGUCAACUUCACAUGUUCAGUCGAGAUCGACAGUCAUUCGUCCCCGUCACGAGUGACACACUACCAGACCUCGUGAAAGAACUGGACUCUCCCUAGCAGGUUCUUUCUUUGUCCAAAAGAACCCGCCUUAUGUUUUGCUCACAAUAUCACGCGAACGAUCGAUUCGGAUGAUUUCGAGAAGUUGCAUAAUUGACUUCCGUUGUUUUCAUUGUUACAUUUCUCUCGUUCUUUGUGCUACUCACUAGUCAGACUUGAUGUUCGCCAGAUUUUUUUGUGAUUUACUAAGGUUUCGAUAAUCUUCUGUCGCCGCUCUGCUUUGAACUGCGCCGCUGUUUUCCGUUUUAGCUCUUUAGCCAAGUUAACAGCGUGGGUUCUUUUUCUGAUUUUUUUUUCAAAUUCAAAUGAUUUGAUUUUGAUUUUUUUCUAAGUUGAUAUUUUUUUACCCUUCUUAACCUGAUUUUUAUGCGUUUUCAUUUUCGAAUGCGGUUUAUCACUGAUUGUUGUUGCUAGUUGAAGAUGUGGUAAUCCAUUUU